GCAGGGGGUGGGCCCUGCGUGUGGGCGCCGAGCGGCGGGUGCCUAGGGGCCCGGGGUCCGGGAUGUGUCUGCUGCUGGGGGCGUCGGGCGUCGGGAAGACGCUGUUGGUGAAACGGCUGCAGAAGUUGAGCUCCCAGGACGCGAAGGGCGACGUGGGGGCGCCUCCGCCGACCCAGCCCACGGUGGGCACCAACCUGACGGACAUCGUGGUCCAGCGGAGAAUCACCAUCCGGGAGCUGGGCGGGUGCAUGGGCCCCAUCUGGUCCAGUUACUACGGAAACUGCCGUUGUCUGCUGUUCAUGGUGGACGCCUCCAACCCCACCCAGCUCUCCGCGGCCUGCGUGCAGCUCCUGGGCCUCCUUUCUGCAGAGCAGCUCGCGGAAGCGUCCGUCCUGAUCCUGUUCAAUAAGAUCGACCUGCCCUGCUACAUGAGCAUGGAGGAGAUCAGGUCGCUGAUGAGGCUUCCAGACAUCCUCGCUCACGCCAGGCAGAACGUCUCCACCGCGGAAAUCAGCGCCCGGAAAGGCACUGGCCUGGCGCAGGUGCUGCACUGGCUCCAGGACACCCACGGAGCCAGCAGCUGACGUAGCCCAGGGACGGGUAAACUGAGGCAGCAGGAGACUGCUGACAUCUGGCCUGUGUUCCUGAGACCGUGCCUGGGGCUGGGGGAGGAGCCCGGCCUGUCCCAGUGCUUGCUGCCCUGGCCGGCCCGGCAUUCUGUCGGCCUGAGGCGCCUGCGGGUGAGUGGUCCCCUGGGUGGGCAGAGAGCAGAGGUGGCCUGUGCACCCAGCGGCUGAUGGGGACCCAGAGCCUUGGAAACAGGCUGUCCCCACUCGGGGCCGAGUGCGAAGUCCAGGCGUCGGCAAGGUCGGCUGCUCCCGGGGCGAAGCCGUCCGGGGCAGGCGGCCCCCACUGCCGUCCUGGCUUCCAGCAGUUCUGUGUCCACUCCUUCCCGAGGUCUGUCAGGAGGACGUCCCUCAGCAAAGCCAGGGACAGCCACACCUGCGGGCGCCCGGCAGUGGGCGAGGAGCUCCCGGGCCAGGCCAGUUUCCUGAAGCUGCGCCCUUGGCCUGGUGGCUGGGGUGCCCCUCCCACUCCAGAGCACUCGGCUGCAGCACCCAGCUCUGGCUCGAGCGCCAGCAGGCCGGGGAGGUGGCCGUGCACCCGCGUGGGAGACCCGGUUUCUGGCUCUCGGCUUUUGCCUGGCCCAGCCCUGGCUGUUGUAAGGAUUUAGGAAAUAAACCAGUGGACGUUGUA